CCGCUCCUAUUGUGAGCGAGCGCCAGUCUUGCCGCCCCGCGCGGCUCGAGUCUCGCGAGAGGUCAGCACAAGGCGGUUGGCCUGAGGCGCUUUCUGCUCGUGUCUCUUUCGUCAGGAGGGUCGCUUCGCCGACCUCCCUUCGCGUUCUGCCUCGCUCUCCCUUCGAGCCAGUCGCCUCCGGACGAGCCAUGUCUCGCUACCUGCGGCCUCCCAACACCUCGCUCUUCGUGCGGAACGUGGCCGAUGACACCAGUGUUCUGUUUCAGGUCUGAAGAUUUACGUCGUGAAUUUGGUCGUUACGGUCCGAUAGUAGAUGUGUAUGUACCUCUGGAUUUCUACACUCGCCGUCCAAGAGGAUUCGCUUAUGUUCAAUUUGAAGAUGUCCGUGAUGCUGAAGAUGCCCUUCAUAAUUUGGACCGGAAGUGGAUUUGUGGCCGCCAAAUAGAAAUCCAGUUUGCUCAAGGAGAUCGUAAAACACCAAACCAAAUGAAAGCCAAGGAAGGAAGAAAUGUAUACAGCUCUUCCCGUUACGAUGACUAUGACAGAUACAGACGUUCUAGAAGCCGCAGUUACGAAAGGAGGAGGUCAAGAAGCCGCUCUUUUGACUACAGCUAUCGCAGAUCUUAUAGUCCUAGAAACAGUAGACCUGCUGGAAGACGUCGACGUAGCAGAAGUCGUUCAGAUAAUGAUAGGUUCAGACACCGUAACAGAUCUUUUUCAAGGUCAAAGUCCAAUUCAAGAUCACGAUCUAAAUCACCCAAAAAAGAAAUGAAGGCUAAAUCACGUUCUAGAUCUGCAUCUCGCACUAAAUCUAGAGGCACCUCUAAAACGGAUUCUAAAACACAAUAUAAAUCCAGCUCAAGAUAUGAAAAAGAAUCAAGGAAAAAAGAACCAGCUAGAUCCAAAUCUCAGUCGAGAUCGCAUUCUAGAUCUAGAUUCAAAAUCCAGAUCCAGGUCAUGGGCUAGUCCCAAGUCCAGUGG